AUGGAACUUCAACGCCCGGCGCUUGGUUCGUCUUCGGAUGCUAUAUCGGGUGCUGAUGCCUCACAUGCAGAGCAACCUGUGUCGACUGAGUUGGAUGCUUCGGAUCCGCCGCCGAAGAAGCAAUGCAUGGGUCGUGUUUUGGACACGGAGCAUAAGAAGAUGCAGACGAUGAGAAAGGCGCUUGAGCGCAUUCUGGUGGACCUUGCAAGAGAUAUGAUGAAUGUUGGUUUUUACACUGGUGAGUAUGCUGCAAAGAAGUUUGAAAUUUCGCGGAGUAUGUUACCUGAAUUGUAUGCAGGAGUGCAGCGAUUGGAAGAGGAGGAAAGGGAAAGGGCAAAGGAAGCUGCAGCGGGCUCCGAGCAGGAGCCCCUGGAGGGGGACAGGGACCCUACUAUGACAGGGCAACAGAGGCGUGCAUUGACGAUUUUGAGAAGACUUGCCUUUGGAAUGAAUCGUUGUGUGGCCAAAUCCAACGGUGAAAUGGCGUAUCAGAUGUUAUUCGAGCAGGAGCAACUGGUGACGUAUCGUGGCUACAACAUGUUCUUCCGCUAUGUGCCGUAUGCAAUCAUGCGUUGCAGACAUGAGGACAUGGAGGAGGUUUUGCAAGCUAGGCUGCAUCUCAAUGGCUCGCCCUUGGAUGUGCUUCCUGACCCCGAAGGAGAGGCACCAGUGGUGGUGGAUGAGUUUGCGGAGGUUGUUGAUGAGGGAGGUGAUGUGCCUAGAGUCCAGCAGGUGCAUGUGAACUUCAACCAGAAAGACGAUUACUUGCACAGGGGCUCUUCGGUUUUGUUGCAAUGCAUGUCUCUUUUGAUGUAUUCUCGCUUCGUUCGCAGAGUUUCGAGGAACAAAGCCGGCAAGGUGGAUGGAGUGAAGUUUUUCGACUUUGAUGAGCACUAUGCCCACUUCAGUUCCUCCGUUCAGGAAGUGAGAGCAGCAGAUGACAGUGUUGUGGUGCCUUCAGAUUUGCACCUUCCGAAGGAUGCUGAGGUGCAGAAGUACGCAGCUCACAUGUUGGGAUUAUCUUUUCCAUUCCCAACGUGUUCUGGAGAUUGCAGUUUGUCACAUCGAUGCUUUGCUUGCCACACCAUGGAAGAAGAUGCAAAGCAAGGCGUUCUUUUUGCCCGUUUUACGCUGCAUUGGAAGCACUGGAAAAGUUACAUGUCAAUGAGGAGGUGUUUGGCGGAGGAAAGAGUUUUGGCCGGUUUGUCUGCUCCGGUCAUCCGGGAUGUUGCAUCAGUGCGUUCCUAUGUUGCUGGCAUUGGUGACACCAGCAGUGCUUUUAGAUGUUUGGAGAAGCUGUUCGGUGGAGCAGAAGGAGCGGAUUGUCGCUAUCAUGACAUGCUGCGCAUCUGUGAGCGCGUUGCCUGGUUCGCAGACUUGUCCGUUCCGUUUCAUUACACUCAGUUGACAUCGCAAGAGUUCUUGGCCUAUAUUCAGACAUCGUGGUUGGAGCGUUUCCAGCAGCACUGUGCUGCACGUCGUCUCAGCAGCAGUCGUCGGACAGCUGAGCGUUAUGCUUUGAUGACUGCUUUGGACAAGGAGGAGGACCUGGAAGAUGAUUCGGCACCGCCGGUUAUAGAAGGACACGAGGUCGAGGAUGAUCUGCUAUUGCAAGAAGAGUUGGACAACUUGGAACGUGCGCAGUGGCCGGUGGAUGGAGAAGCAUUGCGCGAAGCUAUGUUUCGGGAAGAGGAUUGGAUGAAGGUGUUGGGCAAUCGAAAGCCAUCUGUAUUGCAGGAUGCGUUGCAGCGUUUGCGUGACUUUGUGAAUGGUUUGGGAGGUGUUCCGGAUGCGAGGAUUGAUUUGGGAAUCAAAGGCAACGCAGCCAGUGGAUUGGAGCGUAAUUGGACGUUCGCCGAAGCCCAGAGGUCUUUGAUGCUGCAGAAGCAAUAUUUGGAAUUUUGCGUUGGAGGUGGUGAAGAGGAUACUGAGAUGAUGGCAGAUCAUGUUUUUCGGCCUUUGCCAGAGACGGAAGAUGCCUUUUUGGUGGAGCUGAACCAGAGGAAUGUGGGUCCGAGUGAUUAUGCUUCUGCCUUGCUUGUGGAGCACAGUCUGAAUCGCCAACAGAUUUUGGCCAUUGCGCCCAUUGCUUGGGUCAUGGAACAGAUGUGGCUUAACCGAAGCAAUCCGGACAAUUGCAUUGCGGAUGGUGCGUGCAAUGAAAGGUGCAAUUGUCUUUGGCUCGGAGCUGGUGGAUCUGGAAAGACGUAUGCAUACAGCAAAGUAUUGAGGCCACUCUUUCGACGCUUCUUUGGACAGGAUGGUUAUGUUGCUGGUGCUCCGACUCACGCUGCUGUUCGCCUCCUGGGGCCUGAGGCCAAAACUUUGCACAAGUGGGCCAAUGUGCACAAGAGCAGCAGCUUGGAUCGCCGCUCCUUGCGUUCGGCGAAGAGCAAGGGCAGCCCGAUCGAAAAGAAGAUCGAAGGCAUCAUGGCCAUGCUGUUGGACGAGUUGUCGAUGGUUCCUUCGGAUGUGUACCAUGCUGCUUCGCUUCGAUUUGCCACUGUUCGACAAGCUCGACUUAUGCUUGACAUGGGCGAUUACUUGAAGCAGUGGUUUGGGAAGGUGCCCAUUGGUGUGCAAGUUGCUGACUUUCUACAAUUGCGACCCACUGCGCAAGCAUCCUUGUGCGAAUGGGUGGAUGCGCCACGAGCUACUGAUCCUGCACCGCCUCAAGACCAAGAAGACCAAAGCGAUGCCGAAGAGGCCGUGGAGAAGGAGGCGGCUGAACGCACCAGCAAUGCCUCAGAACUUGGACGGAUCGCGUUCAAGCAAUCGCUUCAGCGAGUUGUGCACUUCACUGGAUCCGGUCGUUUUUCGAAGUGUGCAUCCGGACAGCAGCUUGUGAGGAUUCUUUUGUCCAUGCGGCGAGGCGAACAUCUGGAGGAUGCAUUGUGGGGAGCUUUGGAAUCUCGAGUGAUCAGCCGAGAGCAACUUUUUUCUGACAAUUCCUUGCGCUCAAGGUUGUUGAGUGCUCACUGGGGCGGCCUGGCGUGGGAACAGGUUGCUCGUUUACAGCAUUUGCGGGUGGCUUGGGAAGCUCAACAGAGGUCCACGACUCUUUUCUUGGUGCAAGCUAUUGAUCGUGCAUCGGGGCCCACAGAUUUGACAAGGGAGCAGAGCCUGAAGGCAUUGCAGGUUGUGAACAUGACAAGAACGCAGUAUCUCAUGGGCAUUUGCCCUUUGUAUGAAGGGAUGGCAGCACGUGUUAGUUGCAUUUUGGACAUGCCGAUGCUGAGUCGAGAGUUGCCGGUCAUUGUUCGCUCCAUUAAGUUGCACCCGAAGGAACCUGUAAUUUCAAACAGCAGUGGACGUGUCGUUUUGCAAUAUCAGCCGUUGGCCGUCUUGGUCGAGAUCGAUGACCCGGAAUAUCGUGCCAUUGAAUUGCCAGAUGGCAGUGCUCCGAAGGGACACGUUUGGCUGCGUCCCGUUACAUGUGAUCAGGCCUGGGAUCUUCCUCUUGGGGGCAAUCAAUUUAUGCAGGUUCAUCGCAAACAGUUGCCACUGGCACCUCGUCACGUUCUCACGCACUACGGUUUGCAGGGCAUCACUGCCAGACAAGGGCUGCUUGCUUUCAUGUCCAAACCGUCCUGGAUGAGUCAAGCGGACUAUGGCUUGGCUAUGUACGUGAUGUUGUCAAGGCCAACCAAGCUGGAAGAUCUGUGGAUAGUGGAUUUGCCGCCUCGCAAUGUGUUCGAAAAGUUUCUGCACGAACACAAUCCUCUUUUGGUGCAGCGGAUGCGGGAGUUUGAAGGUCAGGCCUGCGUGGACGAGCGGAAGGCGCUGAAGUAUGUGCAUAGACUUUCAUGGCAGUGCAUCCCUUGGGUGUCACAGCAUUUGUCUGCAGAUGAAAUGUCUGCUGAUCUUUUUGCUUAG